AUGGUAUACAUUAAUGAUUGGAACGAAUAUCAACAAGCGGUAGAACAACUUUAUUUAGAUUCACCAAAAGAGCAUUCGCAAGGAAAAUUGGUUCUAAAGGUCACUGAUAAUUUCAAAGCAUUCAAAUAUAAAACAGAUCAAGCAGCGGAUUUGAAAAAAUUUGAACGUUUGAACCGAUCAAUGAUGUUGAAAAUGCAGAAUCGAAGUGAGCCAAGCGAAGGUGAAGCACAAACAUCAUCGACACCAGCUUCACUCUCACAACAAUCGCAUACACUAGAACAAACUAAUCCAGCAUCAGCGGUAGCCAGCGCUGCUGAACCACCCGCUACAGCUACAACAGGAAAGAUCCAAACUUCUUCAAAAAAGAAAGGGAAAAAAGGACGGUGA